ACUCUUGCUGCAUAAAUCUAGGAUCUAGGGCAUUGUUUUCAAUGGUCCUCAUUUUUGGCUCCAAGGAUUUCUUUUUCAUGUGACUAAUUCUUUCGGUGGAGGAGGAGGUCUGGCCACGCCGCCGGCCUUGGCGAGCAGGUGAUUACGGAUGCCUGGUGUUUGCUGGCCGAGACGGGGAAGCAACCUCCUCCCCGCCCCCUCCCCGCUCUGGAAAGGUGCAGGAUCCGCUAAAUCGUGCGUCGCACAGCGGCGGCCGGAGCAGACGCGGGAUGGUCGCGCGUCCCCUGCACAGCAGAGAGGGGCUGCCAGAGAGCCUGGGAAAGUUUUUGGAGCCGUGAGGGAUACAGCAGUUUGGUCAAUAUUGUCUUAACAUGCUUCAAAUAAAUCAGAUGUUCUCAGUGCAGCUGAGUCUUGGUGAGCAGACAUGGGAAUCCGAAGGCAGCAGCAUAAAGAAAGCUCAACAGGCUGUUGCUAAUAAAGCUUUGACUGAAUCUACGCUUCCCAAACCAGUUCAGAAGCCACCCAAAAGUAAUGUUAACAAUAACCCAGGCAGUAUAACUCCAACUGUGGAACUGAAUGGGCUUGCUAUGAAAAGGGGAGAGCCUGCCAUCUACAGGCCAUUAGAUCCAAAGCCAUUCCCAAAUUAUAGAGCUAAUUACAACUUUCGGGGCAUGUACAAUCAGAGGUAUCAUUGCCCGAUGCCUAAGAUCUUUUAUGUUCAGCUCACUGUAGGAAAUAAUGAAUUUUUUGGGGAAGGAAAGACUCGGCAAGCUGCUAGACACAAUGCUGCAAUGAAAGCCCUCCAAGCACUACAGAAUGAACCUAUUCCAGAAAAGUCAUCUCAGAAUGGUGAAUCAGGAAAGGAUAUGGAUGAUGACAAAGAUGCAAAUAAGUCUGAGAUCAGCUUGGUGUUUGAAAUUGCUCUGAAACGAAAUAUGCCUGUCAGUUUUGAGGUUAUUAAAGAAAGUGGACCACCACAUAUGAAAAGCUUUGUUACUCGAGUAUCAGUAGGAGAGUUCUCUGCAGAAGGAGAAGGAAAUAGCAAAAAACUCUCCAAGAAACGCGCUGCAACCACCGUCUUACAGGAGCUUAAAAAACUUCCACCUCUUCCUGUGGUGGAAAAGCCAAAACUGUUUUUUAAAAAACGCCCUAAAACAAUAGUAAAGGCUGGACCAGAAUAUGGCCAAGGGAUGAACCCUAUUAGCCGCCUGGCACAAAUUCAACAGGCCAAAAAGGAAAAGGAGCCAGAUUAUGUUUUGCUUUCUGAAAGAGGAAUGCCUCGACGUCGAGAAUUUGUGAUGCAGGUGAAGGUAGGCAAUGAAGUUGCUACAGGAACAGGACCUAAUAAAAAGAUAGCCAAAAAAAAUGCUGCAGAAGCAAUGCUGUUACAACUUGGUUAUAAAGCAUCCACUAAUCUUCAGGAUCAACUUGACAAGACAGGGGAAAACAAAGGAUGGAGUGGUCCAAAGGCUGGGUUUCCUGAACCAACAAAUAAUACUCCAAAAGGAAUUCUUCAUUUGUCUCCUGAUGUUUAUCAAGAGAUGGAAGCCAGCCGCCACAAAGUAAUCUCUGGCACCACUCUAGGCUAUUUGUCACCCAAAGAUAUGAACCAACCUUCAAGCUCUUUCUUCAGCAUAUCUCCCACAUCGAAUAGUUCAGCUACAAUUGCCAGGGAACUCCUUAUGAAUGGAACAUCUUCUACAGCUGAAGCCAUAGGUUUAAAAGGAAGUUCUCCUACUCCCCCUUGUUCUCCAGUACAACCUUCAAAACAGCUGGAAUAUUUAGCAAGGAUUCAAGGCUUUCAGGUAUGAAUUAAAAGCAAAAACAAAAACAAAACAAUUCAUUAGCCUCAGAUCCUUCAUCUCUAUCCAUCACAAGGCUCAUUCUUGCCUGCUAGUGUGGCCUACAUGCCACUUACAUUCUAAGUUAUUUAGGAACACAAAGGACAGAUGAAAAAAGAGCCAUAUGCACAUGCUUCAUUUUCUCUUAUUUUUGUUCUAUCUAGUAAUCCUUUUGCUGCCUUUUCUCCAUUUUCCUUCUAUUUCUUUUAUAAACAUUUUUCAUACUCUUCACUGUCUUCCAUUUGGUCUUGAUUAGGUGCAUCUAUCUCUUCACUCUGUCUUCCACAAACAAAAAUUCUGCCUUCAGACAUUUGGUGUUAGUAUUUCACACUCAGUUCGCUCUCUUUUUACAUAAGGAUUGAGUUUUUUUUAAUGAUGAUUUUACUUUUUAGCAGUUUUGAAUUUUGCAUUCUGUUGCUAGUAUUGAUUCAGGUACACCAUUAAGAUACAACAUUCCAGAAGUCUGUUACCUUAGGAGUUAAUUAAACAUGGUAUUUGAAGAAUAAUGAAAUGCUUAAUAGUUGUUUGAGGCAUAACAAUGUGUAUUUGUUUUACUGGAUCAUGUUUUGAACUGACUAGGGAGGGUAGCGCCUGCUUCAGAUGGUACCAACAAUUCUAUUUCAGUGGGUAGUCUAAAACUAGCAUAUAGUUUAACUUAACUUGUUGUGUAUGUGAAUUUAGGGAUGGAAACUUUUUUUCCCCUGUUUAUUCUUUGUUUCCUUUUGGAAAAAACCCUACAAAAACCAACACUCCUUUAUAGAUACAUCAGAGCUUUUAAAAGAAUUGUUAACUCUAGGAAGGGGAAAUAUCUGUGUCCUGAUUUCUUAGUUGCCUUGAAAAUCAUGUACUGAACUGUAACCGCUAACUUGACUGGAUGAACUACAGUUUGCUUGUGUGUAGAGAGUGUAUUGCUUCCUCAGAUUUCACUGUUUUCAUCUUUUUUUCCAUCUUAGUCUUUAUUCCUUAAGACCAAAAACUGUAAUAUCCUUUAGAAAUGCUCUACAAGAUCUGUAUUGUGUAGAAUGAUCAUGUAUUUAUAAAAAUUUUACAAGUUUAGAUUAUAAAAUGAAAAAAAAGAUCAUGUGUUUGGGGGUAUUUUGCAUGUUUGGAUUUCCCCGCCCUUCACCGAACCCUUCUGAUUCUUUCAAAGUAUUGCCAGGUAGUUGUUAGUGUUUUUAAUUGGACUAUUAAUAUGAACUUAAAGAAGCUGUUACAAAUUAUUGGCUCUGUCAUCUGAAAUUUUAACCACUUAAUUUAAAGUUAUAAUUUUAGAGUUUGUUUUUGUUGUUUUACCUUAAAAAACACAAUAAAUCACUGUUUAAAAAAAGAUCUCGAUUUAUAUAAAGUACUGGAAAAAAACCUAAGUAAUUUUUAGUUCUAUCUAUAAUCUGCAUAGGAUGAAUUAGAAAUAAAUUGUGAUGAAAAGAAAUUCACUGCUUAUUUAUGAAUCUAGUCAUGUAGAAAUGUCUGAGAAUAAUACUGUAUUCUUAUAGAAACAAAGUACAAAUUUCAUUCAAGCUCUGAAUUGGUCUUUUGCUUGGAGCUGUUGUUACCAUAGAUGUAAUUGUGCUACCAGAACUUAAUUUUUUAAAUUUGUUUUUAUUUGUUAGUUCUUGGCAAUGACAAUAAUUAUAAUUUUAACGUAUCUUCACUGUAGCCAACACACGGAGUCUGCUUCCCUCAUUAUUGCAUUGCUUAGGCCUCUUUAAAAAGCUUAUCCUGACAUAAUAUACUCUUAUUAUGGACACGUUACACGUUUCCUAAUCUGUGUAUUGUGAUUUUUACAUACUAAUGAAUAUAAACAGAUGGUUUUAAAAUAUUACUGUGCUUUUUCGGUUGAAUGAGCUGGUAUUCAUGCGAAAUACUGUGUCACUGAUGGACCACCACCUGCAGCUAAGCAGUGAGCAGAAUCUCUGGGAAAUGGCUUAGUCCAGCCACAUGCAUAGCCCAUCUUCAUAAUGUCGCAGAAAAAGAUUCUUUGUGGUUAAGAGUUUUAAAGCCUAUUUCUUUAUAGGCAACUCUCUCAGGCAUAUUUACCUGGUAGAAAAACAUGUAGAUUGUUUCUAUUACUUAAAUGUUUUAAUUGAACUGUAGUUUAGAAAUUAUAGGACCAGCUUGUUACAGAUUAUAUACAAUAUAUUCUGUUACUUUUAUUUCUGGAACUCAAAAACAAUAAAUUCGUUUUCUGUGUUUCUAGGUUAGAACUUUUUUAUUUUAUUGCACACUGAACAGAUAUUAUUGGUUAUUAAAUAUUUUGUAAACCCUUCCUUGGCUUUCCUUGCCCAUUGCAAUUUGAUUUAAGCCUACUAGAGCCAUUGUGUGUGACAGCUAUAUUGUAUUACAAAGUAAAAAUAUGUGAGUGUAUUGAAAA